UGCCGCUCUCCUCCCAAAGGCACAGGCGGUUAGAGCUUCUGGGUUUGAAUUUGGCCGCCUCGGUGAGCCUCAGAGAUUCAGACCUGUACACUGUAAUAAUACUCGCCUUGCUGGGUAUUUGUGAGGGUUGUUAAUUAAUCGCUAAGUCGUGUCCGACUCUUCGUGACCCCAUGGACUGCAGCCUGCCAGUCUCCCUUGGCCAUGGAAAUUUCCAGGCAAGAAUACUUGGAGUGGAUUGCCAUUUCCUUCUCCAGGGGAUUUCCCCCCACCCAGGGAUGGAACCCGCACUGUCCGUUAUUGGCAGACAUGUUCUUUACUGCUGAGCCUCCAGGGAAGCCCAUUUCUGAGUAUUUGCUUGAACCGUGCCUAACGUGGAACUUAAUAGAGAAAAAAGUUACUCAGACACUCCUUAAAAACAAUAAGGUGGACAGUAUUCAGAGGGACUUCCAUGGGGUUUUGAGGUAUGGGAGGGAGAGACUGAAUACAAGGACAAGUGGAGAUUUAUAGCCAAGGUUUGGGGUGGGGUCAGUGGAUGGAAAAUUACUUAGAGGAAACGUCUGGCUUAAGGGGGUCAUUCUGGCUAAACUAACUGGACCAGCUUUGCUGAAGGCAGGUCAGGGUGAUAGGGAAUUUGGUGGGAUAUCAAGGAUGGUCAAGGGAUGUUGAAUUUGAUCAAAUAUCAAAAGUAGGGGAUUUUCCCUAAACUGGAGUCAGAAAGAUUCUUGCUAAACUAGAUUAGAAGGGCCAAGGACAGAGUCCAAGGGCCAGCCCUACUCAAAAAGAUGACUCAGAAGCUUGACUGACGUUUAAGGAGACCGUCUUUGUGCUCUGCGAAUGGCUGCUCAUAUGUGAAUGGAUAAGUAUCUGAACCUAGAUGUUCAUUUAAAAACGCAUUCUAAUUUGUUAUAGCUUUAAUAAGUAUAAUAACUAUACAUUUGGGAUGACUUUACAUUUUUUUUCAAAACUAACAGGAGUACAGUCUCAUGAAAUAUUUGCAGUACCAACCUAUGAACCAUUUAUGUGUGUGCUGUGUUUAACUUGCUCAGUCGUAUCUGACUCUUUCUGACCCCAUGGACUGGGGUCCAUUUCCAGGGUCCCUGUGAGAGGCUCUGAGAAGACUUGGUUCUCCCGGGGACAGCUCCGUCCCAGAAGCACAUCCUCUAAAAGGACUCGCCGCGCCAGACGAUGCCCGUGGAGUUGGGGCAGGCUACCGUCCUGCUGCCGCCACCGCCCAAGGCCGAAGAGCUCCCGUUCCCUGGCCCAGAUGCCACCCCCCGAGGGGAGCCCCCUAGCCCCGAGACUGCACGCCAGCUCUUCAGGCAGUUUCCUUACCAGGUGACGUCCGGGCCCCACGAGACCCUCCAACAGCUUCGGAAGCUCUGUGCCCAGUGGCUGCAGCCAGAGGUUCACACCAAGGAGCAGAUCCUGGAGAUGCUGAUGCUGGAGCAGUUCCUGAGCAUUCUGCCCGGGGAAAUCCAGACGUGGGUGCGGAAGCAGUGCCCAGGCAGCGGGGAGGAGGCCGUGACCCUCGUGGAGAGCUUGAAGGGAGACCCCCAGAGGCUGUGGCAGUGGAUCAGCAUCCAAGUUCUGGGACAGGAAGUCUUCUCAGAGAAGGCGGAGCCCGCGAGCUGCCUGGCAGGGGACGCAGAGUCUCCUGCUGAAGAACCUCAGGAGCUUGGGCUCCAGAACACAGCCCUUGGGCCCAGGGAGCCGCUGAGCUGUGUGGUGAAAGAGGAGUCUGACGCGGAGCAAGGUCCAGCGGCCGCCACCCAGCUGCCUGCCCAACCCGAGCAAAUGCCUGUCGGGGACCAGGACUUCGGAGCCUCCCUUCUCCACACAGCAUCUCAGGAGCAGUGGAGGCACCUGGAUUCCACCCAGAAGGAGCAGUACUGGGAUCUCAUGCUGGAGACCUAUGGGAAGAUGGUCUCAGGAGGUGCAGGCAUUUCCAAUGCCAGGCCUGACCUGACUGAUCCAGCUGGGUAUGGGGCAGAGCUGGCAGGGCCACACCUGCAGGCCAGUGAGAAGAUCCCAAGACCCACCUGCAUAGGGGACAGAGGGGAGAAUGACAAAGAGAACCUGAACUUGGAGAACUACAGGGCCCAGGACCCUCUGGCCUCAGGAGAGCCUCCCCCUCAGACUCCCUUGAGCGGCCUGUUUGGUGAGGACGAGCCAAGACCCUUUGGAGAAGGAGAGGACCUCUCGGAGGUCCAGGGGAACCUGCAGGGCGAGGGGGCGGGGGGUCACCUCUGCCCCCAGGAGACGAAUUCCAGGACGCAGCCAGGCCCGCACCUGCUGCCCCCGCUUCCCAAGGAGCCGCCUGCACCAUGGCUUGAGGAGAAGAGAGAGGCUGCCCUGCGGGGGCAGCCAAGGGCCCCCAUGGCCCAGAGACUCCCCACCUGCAGGGAGUGUGGCAAGACCUUCUACCGGAACUCACAACUGGUUUUCCACCAAAGAACUCACAGCCGGGAGACGUACUUCCAGUGCCCCACCUGCCAAAAGGCCUUCCUGCGGAGCUCCAGCUUCGUGAAGCACCAGCGGAUUCACACGGGGGAAAAGCCCUGCAAGUGCGACUACUGCGGGAAGGGCUUCAGUGACUUCUCGGGGCUGCGCUACCACAAGAAAAUCCACACGGGUGAGAAGCCCUACAAGUGCCCUGUGUGUGAGAAGAGCUUCAUCCAGAGGUCCAACUUCAACCGGCACCAGAGGGUGCACACAGGCGAGAAGCCCUACAAGUGCGCCCGCUGCGGCAAGAGCUUCAGCUGGAGCUCGAGCCUCGACAAGCAUCAGAGGUCCCACCUGGGAAAGAAGCCCCACCCGUAGCCCCACCCGGGGCUCAAAGAGCCCCGUUCUGUCCCCUGGUCCGUUCAAGAAGACUUGGCUCCAUCCCAAGGAACUGCGUUCCUUAGAAAGCAUCCCUGUCCUCUCAGUCUUCCAUGGACUGCAGAACAGAGACCAGAACACGGCUUUAGGCGAGGAGGAGAGCUCGGCCUCUGGGUUGGAUCCACGCGGGUUGACUUUCUUGCUUCUGCAUCAGGAGAAAGAGAAGUCUUCCUCUUUCCACUCGUCUGUCCUCCCGGACCCCUCGGGAAAGAUGUGUCACUUGGAGGUCCCAUUUUAGGAGUGCUCUCUGGAAAGAGUUUCACUGGAUCUGCCCUCAGAACUGUGGUCCUAGAGCAGGUCUUCUGUUCCAGAAGGGGGAGCAAAGAGGCCAGUGGGCUCACAUGUGGUCUCUGUCGUAUGGGUGCAAAGCUAACUUUCAAUAAACUUGGUGGUCACUCCCUG